GUACACGCGCUUUGUGCUCGGAUGCUGCGGGAGCGCAGUGCUGUGGAUGCUCACGGGCUCUCUCCGCUAUUUUUUAGAGUAUUUAUUUAUUUACUUGUUUAUUUAUAUUUUACUGAAGCCGCCGCUCGUGUUUCGGAGCACGAACAUGGCGGAAUCUGGUCUGUUCGGUUUGAGAUGAUUUCUUUAAAAACGGAUUUUCGGCGCAGUGACAUUGCGGAUUUACUCCAACGGCAGGAUCAGGGUUGCCAGAUUGCACAGACACAUUCCUUGUUUAGAGUGCUGUUAUUAAUGUCAUGGUGUUAAUGCAGAUGUGUGUAUAUAGUGUGUGUAUAGUGUGUGUAUGGAGUGUGUGUAUAAUGCGUGUAGCUCUGUGCUCAUUAAAGACUGCGUUAUAAACCUCAGCGCUUCAGUCCGGGUUGCCAGAUUGAGAUUGAGUGUGUUAACUUUAAUUCGCGCUGCUUCUUUAGAAUUAGUGAUCAGUUUAAAAGAAUACUAAUGAUUAUUGAGACAGAACGAAAGUGUCCAGUCCUUUAUCGGUCCGGUUUAUAAUCACCAGGGAUUGUAUAGUACCGGGUUUAAAGGGCGGAUAAGCAUCCUGUAAACCUGGCAACCCCGAACCAGGCGGCAGAGGGAAGAUGGCGGAGAGCGCGAGACACACGGAGACCGGAGCUAAAGUGAUGACAUCAUCACCAGUCUUUGAGAAGAAACAUCAGAGAAAUGGUCACGCCUCCCCAGCUCACCAACCAGCCAAUCAGAGCAGCCCAACUGCUGUUAAACAGACUGAAAUCUUGACUCCACCUUCCGUGUCAGAGAAGAAGCCUCUGACCAAUGGUCAUGCUUCACCUGUCCGCCUUCCAGCCAAUAGCAGCAACAACCAGACAGGUGUGGAGUCUCUACUCAAAACAGACGACAGGAUGCGACUGGCCCGAGAGAGACGAGAGGAGAGAGAGAGGAGUCUGGCGAUGAGGGAGCAGGCUCUGAUGGAGAAGGAGCGUCGUGCUCGUCUGCAGUAUGAGAGAACGAGGGAGGAGAGAUGUAGGCGUCUGGAGGAGCAGAGGCAGAAGGAGGAGCAGCGCAGAGCUGCUGUGGAGGAGAAAAGGAGGCAGCAGCUGGAGGAGGAAAAGGAGCGUCUGGAGGCUUUAAUGAGGAAAUCACUGGAGCGAAGUCUUCAACUGGAGAACAGAAACAAACGCGGGACUUGGGGGAUAAAUGGACAGAGCGACUAUGCCCUCCCCCAUGACCUCAUCGCUCCCUCUCCUGCUACCAACGAGUUAGGCAACGUCCAUCAUGGUCACAUGACCUCUGUGGAUAACCUGACACUCCAUCGUCUCUGUACACACACACACUCCUCACUGGCUCGCUGCAGCAGUGAUGUUGAGCUGUGUGUACCCUGCCCUCGGUACACAGUUCCCUCCAGUCCUCACAGGUCACUGUACUGCGCUUCACCGAGCCGUCGCCGUGCCAACACCAUUGCCUUGGAGAUGGGCAGGGCAAAUUCAGCCCCAAACACCCCAAAGAAGGAGAGGCUGCGUACAGAGAGAAGGACACCAGCUGGAUCACCUGUUAGACGAGCUGAAUCUCCUGCUGAUGUCAUCCGGCGUGCAGCCUCACCAAAGUUGACUCCUACACACAGCCGUAAUCAGUCUCCUGGUCCACAUCAUUACCCUCCGUCCCCUCUGAGACACAGACCCUCCACACUCCUCACUGAUGAGAAGGUCACUGCAAACAGGCAAGCCCAAGAGGUCAAAGGUCAUGACCCUACAGAUAAAAAGCCACUGACUGAGCUGGAGGUCAGUGCAGGGCACGUGAGUGGAACCUGUAAAGCAGAAAGCCCCAAACCUGCAGUCAGUAGCACAGUUAGGAGCACAGAUUGUUCACCUUUGACCUCUGGAAUGGCUGUUGCCAGGACAACGGAUAGAGACGAGGUGGCUCCGGUUUUGGCAGAGCGACGGCACCUCAGUCACAUACAGAGGGAGCAUGAUGAAAAGGACAGGCUGAAAGCUGAGCAGCUAAAGAAAAACCAGGAGGAGAUGAAAGAAGAGAAGAGGAGAAAAGCAGAUGAAGAGAAGGAGCUGCAGGAGAAACAGGAAGUGGAGAGAGAGCUGAUGAAGCAGCAGGAAGAACAGGAGCGUCAGCAGAGGAAAAAGAGAAUCGAGGAGAUCAUGAAGAGGACACGGAAAAGCGAUGGGGAAAUGAAGAGAGAGGACAGUCAGGAGCUUCAUUCCCCUCCAUCACACACACACUCACACACUCCGUCCCUGCCCGGUGAAGUCCAGGUGAACUCAAAGGUGAAAGGUGAGGUGAAAACCCCACCCACUGGUGCACAGGUGAAGCCACAAACACCUGAAAGCAUCAACAAGCAGCAGAGUGCAGAGAAGAGUUCACACACACCUGCACAGGUGCUGCACAACACUCCAGCAUUAAACCCCCCUGAUCGUAGAGUGGACAUCGCUCCUGUGACGCCUCAGAGAAGCUCACCUGUGAGAGAGGAACAGAGCACUCAGGUCAGGAGGAUCAACUGUUCAUCAGAGAAGCCACAGGAGGCUCAGGUAAAGAUCUCUGCAGAAAACCAUGAAAAGAAACCCAGAAAAGUAAGCCCAGACCUCACACAGAUGCUCAAGCAGGAGAGUGGUGACCAGGUUAAAAGUUGCCUCUCUGAACAAGUGAAGAGUCCAACCUCCUACCAGUUGAACAGCCCAGUGAAGAGUCCAACCCCUCAGCAGGUGAACAGCCUAGUGAACAGUCCAACCCCUCAACAGGCGAACAGCCAGGUGAAGGGUCCAACCCCUCAGCUGGUGAACAGCCCAGUGAACAGUCCAACCCCUCAACAGGCAAACAGCCAGGUGAAGAGUCCAACCCUCCAGCAGUUGAACAGCCCAGUGAAGAGUCCAACCCCUCAGCAGGCGAACAACCCAGUGGAAUGUCCCACCCUACAGCAGGUGAAAAUAUCUACUUCUGAACAAGUGAACAGCCAGGUGAAGAGUCCAACCCCUCAGCAGGUUAACAGUCAGGUGAAGAGUCCAACCCCUCAGCAAAUGAACAGCCAGAUGAAGAGUCCAACCCCUCAGCAAAUGAACAGCCAGAUGAAGAGUCCAACCCCUCAGCAGGUGAACAGUCAGGUGAAGAGUCCAACUCCUCAGCAGAUGAACAGCCAGGUGAAGAGUCCAACUCCUCAGCAGGUGAAGAGUCCAACUCCUCAGCAGAUGAACAGUCAGGUGAAGAGUCCAACCUCUCAGCAGGUGAAAAGCCCAAUGAAGAGUCCAACCCCUCAGCAGGUGAACAACCCAGUGGAAUGUCCCACUCUACAGCAGGUGAAAAUAUCUACUUCUGAACAAGUGAAGAGUCAGGUGAAGAGUCCAACUCGUCAGCAGAUGAACAGCCAGGUGAAGAGUCCAACUCCUCAGCAGGUGAACAGCCAGGUGAAGAGUCCAACUCCUCAGCAGGUGAACAGCCAGGUGAAGAGUCCAAGCAUCCAACAGGUGAACAGCCCGGUGAACAGUCCAUCUUCUCAGCAGGUGAACAGCCAGUUGAAGAGCCCAACCCCUCAGCAGGUGAACAGCCAGGUGAAGAGUCCAACUCCUCAGCAGGUGAACAGCCAGGUGAAGAGUCCAAGCAUCCAACAGGUGAACAGCCCGGUGAACAGUCCAUCUUCUCAGCAGGUGAACAGCCAGUUGAAGAGCCCAACCCCUCAGCAGGUGAACAGCCAGGUGAAGAGUCCAACCCCUCAGCGGGUGAACAGCCCGGUGAACAGUCCAUCCUCUCAGCAGGUGAACAGCCAGUUAAAGAGCCCAUCCCCUCAGCAGGUGAACAGCCAGUUGAAGAGUCCAUCCCCUCAGCAGGUGAACAGCCCAGUGAACAGUCCAACCCUCCAGCAAGUGAAGAGUCCAACCCCCCAGCAGUUGAACACCCCAGUGAAGAGUCCAACCCCUCAGCAGGUGAAGAGUCCAACCCUCCAUCAGGCGAACAGCCAGCUGAAGAGUCCAUCCCUCCAACAGGUGAACAGCCAGAUGAAAAGUCCAACCCUCCAGCAGGUGAACAGCCAGGUGAAGAGUCCAACCCUCCAGCAGGUGAACAGCCAGGUGAAGAGUCCACCCCUUCAACAGGUGAACAGCCAGGUGAAGAGUCCAACCUUACAGCAGGUAAAUAGCCAAGUGAAAGGAUCUACCUCUGAUCAGAUGAACAGUCUAGUGAAGAGUCCAACUUCUCAGGAAGGGCCCAGCCAGGUGAAAAGCACAGUAAAGAGUGAGCAAGUGAAUGGCCAGGUGAGCUCACAGGCGAAAACUAUCAUGACAUCAUCAAAAGUGACAUCAAAGAAGAUAUCAGGAAGCUCCUCCCCCCUCAGUCCACUACCUCCAUCACAGUUCCCACCAACUUUCAGUGACCUGGAGUAUUUGGAGAGAGGGGGCGGAGCCAGAAAGGACUCGGCUGAUGCGGCGCAGUCGAUGGAGGUCAGCCCCGUGUCGAAAGAGGAACUCAUCUCAAUUCCAAAGUUCUCUCCGAUCUCUGAAGUCCAGAAUGUUGUGAACAGCACACGAGUGCUGGAGGACCUGCUGGAUCUGACUGAUCAUGUGACAUAUCCCAUAAUGCAACGCAGCACCGCGCUAGGAGACUGCAACAGAAAUGUGAUUGAGCCGAAACAGACAACUAACACACUGAACACGAGAAGCAGAAAGGAGUGAGAGGUUGAGUGAGUGACAGAGAGGAAGAGGAAGAAAAAAAAGAGGAAAUGCUUCAUCACUGGAUGGAUUGACUGAGCAUUAUUUUCAUUAGCCACAUUAGCAUUGUCCUGCUACAACACAGAGAAUAUCAAGGCUUGACUGAACUACAUCAUUAAUUAAUCUGUUUGUUUGUUUGUUUGUUUAUUUAUUUAUUUAUUUAUUUAUUUAUAAUAAGAACAGUGUGUGCUGUUUAUUAACCUUGGGUAACUGUGUGUAUUAGGCUUCAGCUAAUAAUGAACUCUUCUAAAGGUCUCUGUUUUGGACAAAUUAGAAGGAAAAAAGUCAAUGCGAGUGUGAGAAAGAUGUCUGCAGAACUGAGAGGUCAUCAUUGUGUUUGCAGACAAAGUCAUUCACAUGUCAUGCUAAUGUAAUGCUAACAGAACUGGCUGGCUAGGGUUAAUGAGUUGAUUAGUUAGCUCUGCUAGCCAGCAUCUUUUUCUCUAUAACAGCUAAUAGUUUAUAAACUCUACUACACUAUCAUAAUAUCAUAAUGCCAUUAAAAAUGAGGUGCAGAUGUGGCCUAGUGUGUAAAUAACUGUACAUUUAUACAGUAUACAUGUAAAAUGUUUGUAAAAUGACGGCUAUCCAAAGCACAUGAAGGAGAAAAGAAACCUAAAAGAAGAUGAAAUGUUCAUCAUUACAGUAGCAGAUAGUUUAAACAGUUGACUAGCGCUGCUAUACACUGACCUGGACUGUAUUUAUGCUAAUACUCUAGGAUUUCCUGCACUGUAUUGGUUUUAUUUAAACACACAGUAUGAUUAUUGUGUAGUGCUUCGUUUGGACAACUGUAAAGCAUUAUGUAUGCAUUUAACUAAGCUAACAUAAAACCUACAGCGUAGAUGAAUUGCUAGCUAGCCUGAGGUAGCCAGUAAUCUAGCUGUAUUAGCAAGCACGUUCUUUGCUACAAGAGCUAAUUUUGCAUUAAAAUGUAGGGCUGUUCUGGUAUGGAGUUGAGAAGAUAGAGAUAAUAAGCUUUAAUAAAGAUUAAGGGGCAUAUUAUUGUGUUAAAAAAGUAAAAAGUCAGUGAAAAGUACAAAACGCCAUAUCGUAUUUAUCCGGCGAAUAAUAGAUCUGCAGCUUCAUUAGAAUGAAAACGAAAUUCUGCCUUGAGAACUUGAUGCUUUUACUCAAACUCCUGCUGCACGAGCUCUCUGUGCUGUUUCAUGUAGAAUGAUAAUUAUCCCAUGAUCCUGCUGGCUAGAAGUUCCACAUUCUCCAAUUGUAUGUUUCUUCAGAAAGAAAGGGGCUGCUUCAGACCCACGUUCUCGCCGUAAUGUACAAACACAUCCAGCUCACUUUCUCUUAGACAGAACUCGAACCCUGUGCUGCUGUGGAGUGAAGACACCGGUAAAGAUUUCUGCUGUUCUUCUGAGUGUGUUACUGUGUGGUGGUGCACUGAACAGUGGAGUCCAUCCAAACUGGACUCAUCUUCCAGCUAGCUGAAACAUCUACACAUUUACUGUCUGCACACAAGCUGCAUGAAGCCUGAAUGCCAUGUUACACUUAUCAAUAAUGAUAAAUAAUAAAAACAGUACAAAAUUACAAAAU